UUUAAACCAAUAAAUAAAGAAAAUAAAUAUAUAAUAAUAAUAAAAACAUAUUUAAACAAUAUAAUAUUUAUAUAUUAUAUUUAAAAUAAAUAUAAUAUAAAGAUAAAGAAUUAAUAAUAUUAAUAAAACAAUAAAAUAAUAUGUUUAACUCAUUUCAAGAAAGGCAACCAAAUACUGAUAAUAUAAUCAGUGCCAAAUUAAAACUAAAUGAGUUUUUUUUAACUUAUUUAUCACAAACAGAAACUACACAAUAUAUUCACGAUUUAUUAAAUGGUUUAAAUAAUAGCACUCCCAAUAGUACUCCAACUAAACUUCCAACAUCACCUUCAACAUCACCAUACAAAGCACACCCAAGUGAUGAACCAGUUGUCUUUUCAUUAGGUGAACCAACUACACCAAAUGACAAUAUUCAAGAGAUUGACAGCUUACAAAACUUACAACCAGAUUUCACAAAAUCAUUAAAUAAAGAAAUUGUUAAUAAUGAAGAGCAAAAAAUUAGAAUUGAAGAGCCACAGCACCAAGCAGAAUUGUUAACCCAAGAAAAAAUUGAACAAAAUUUUGUUGAUGAAACCAAUAAACAAACCAAUGAACAAGAUAAUGUAAAAGUAGUAGAGCCAAAAGAACAAGAGAAACGACAAGAACAAAAAAUUGAAUCUGUAGUAAUGGAGCAGCCACAACAACCAAAGCCAAAAGUUGAAACUAUAGAGAAUGAACAAGAUAAAAUUAUGGUUGAUACUAUUAAUACAACCAAUAAUACUGUAAAUAGUAAUGAAUGUACACCACCACCACAAAAAAUAGAACAACAACAACCAACAAUUAAAAUACCUCAAUUUUAUUUCCCAAAUAAUAAAAAAAUCACAACCUCACCAAAUGUAAAUAACGAUAGCUUUGAGUUUGGUUUGUCAACGAUCAAGCAUAACUUUGAACUAUUUAAAGGUCAACCAGAAUCAGUUGACCCAAUAACAAAUAAUGUAAUUAAUAAUAACACCAAUAACUGUACUACUACAACUCAUUAUAUAACAUCAUUUGACGAAUUUGAAACUAUAAUUAAAGAACUUUAUACAUUCCCUAGGAUUUUAAAUAGGCUAUUAUUUAUAUAUACACUUAGAACGCUUAGAUUGAAUGACAUUUGUAUUACAGAAGAUAAAUUUGUUGAGUUUUGGAAAAACCAUAUUUACGGAAAAGAACCAGAAGAGCUUUUAUUUAAUAUUUUAAGAAAAUCAGAAGAUUCAAAAUAUUUAUAUUAUGAGGACUUUUUCUUAUUUUCAAAAACGCUAAUUGAUUUUCAUCCAGGUUUAGAAUUUUUAUCAAAUACACCAGAGUUCCAAGAUAGAUACCAAGAGACUAUUAUCAUUAGAAUCUUUUAUGGUACAUGCAGAAAUAAAGGUAGAAUAACAGUUAAAGAUUUGAAAUCAAAUAACUUUAUAAGAUCAUUAAGUUUAUUGGAUGCCGAGCCCGAUAUUAAUAAGCAUUUAGAAUACUUUUCAUAUGAACAUUUCUAUGUAAUUUAUUGUAAAUUUUGGGAAUUGGAUAUAGAUCAUGAUUUAUUUAUAGAUGCAAAUGAUUUAGCCAAAUAUGGUAGUUGCAGUUUAACCCCUUUAAUUAUAGAUAGAAUCAUUAUCAACGCAAUUUUUACUAAAACUUUAUUUGGUGUCAAAAACAAACUUUCUUAUCAAGAUUUUGUUUGGUUUAUUUUAUCUGAAGAGGAUAAAACAAGUGAAACAAGUAUUGAAUUUUGGUUUAGCUGUGUAGAUAUUGAUAGUGAUGGAUUUUUAAGCUUAUAUGAAAUGGAUACAUUUUAUAAAGAGCAAAAGCAACGUUUAGAUUAUUUAAAUUUAGACCCACCAGUAUUCAAAGAUCUUUUAUGUCAAAUAUUAGAUAUGGUAAAACCAGAUGCAAUCGAGAAAAUUACAUUAUUGGAUUUAAAAAGUUCAAAAAUGGCAGGUUACCUUUUUAAUAUUUUAUUCAACAUAAACAAAUUCUUACAGCAAGAGUCAAAAGAAUCAAUUACCUGCGAUCAACCAAUGAGUGAUUGGAAUAGAUUUGCCCUACAAGAAUAUGAAAGGGCAUUGGCCGAAGAAUCACUAUCAUAUCAAGAAGAUGAUGAAGAUGAUGAUGAAGAAGAUGAUGAUGACGAAGACGAUAGAAGAAUGCACAUUGAAUAAAAUAUUAAAUAAAAUUUAUUGCAUAAAUUU